UAAGGGGUGAAAUGCCCAGCCACUGCUCACCCGAAUACCAUCACAGCUAGUAUACACUUAUCUGAUCACGGGCGACAAACUUAUCUUUAAAUCCCGAGCAAAGCCAAACAUCUCUUCAGUACUUUUGUUGAGUUCAUUACAAGGACCAUGAUUUUCCUCAUGGCAGUGCGCUCCAGCUUAAUGUUACGGAAAACCAGUCUGGCUGUGUGGAGAUCAUGGAAGUUAAGCCUGCACUGUUCUACAGUUGGCGCAUCUUCUGGUCAUGGUCCCUGGGACAGAUCUCAUGAAGAACUGUCUUCAGUUUCAGCCAAAAAGCAUCCUCACACGCCUGUCAUGCUCAAAGAGGUGCUUCAUUACUUAGACAUCCAACCUGGUCAGGUGGUCCUGGACAUGACAUUUGGAGGUGGUGGUCAUACCAAAGCAAUACUGAAUAUGGUUCCUGAAGUUACAGUCCUGGCCUUAGACCGAGAUCCUGCAGCAAUUUCUCUGGCCCAGCAGUUAGCCAAGGAACACUCUGGUCGCGUGAAACCAUUGCUUGGCCGAUUCAGCGAGCUUGAGGCCCUGCUGUCUAACAUGAACGUUCAGCCAGGCAGCAUUGAUGCUGUCCUGUUGGAUGCUGGCUGCUCCUCCAUGCAGAUGGAUCAGGCGGAAAGAGGCUUUGCCCUCAGCAAAGAUGGGCCUUUGGAUAUGAGAAUGGAUGGAGAGAGGUACCUCGACAUGCCCUGCGCUGCUGACGUUGUGAAUACCUUAGAUCAACAGGCUCUUGCAUCCAUCCUCACUGCAUACGGGGAAGAAAGAUAUGCCAGGAAAAUAGCUUCAGCCAUUGUGGAGGCACGCCGUGUCAACCCCAUCACCCGGACACAGCAGCUGGCCAGCGUGGUGGCAGGAUCAUUGCCUCCUGCUGUUGCCUAUGCACGUAAAGACCGACUGCACCGACCUGCGCAUGUGGCCACUAAGACGUUCCAAGCUUUGCGUAUCCUUGUGAAUGAUGAGCUUAACGAACUACACGCAGGCCUGCGUGCUGCCCAGGCAGUACUGAGAACUGAAGGACGUCUCUGCGUGAUCACCUUUCACUCGUUAGAAGACAGACUGGUCAAACGUUUUCUCAAGGGAGAUGACUUAUCUAAUCUAGAUCAGCAUCACUUCAGCCCGAGGAAGCAAGGCACCAGAAAGGAAAAACUGAUGGAUAAAAAAAAAGAUGGGGGAAGUGUUUACUGGCUUCCUCUACGAAGAAAAGUGAUCACCCCAGAAAAGGACGAUGUAAAAGAAAAUCCUCGAGGACGCUCCGCUAAACUCAGAGCUGCACUCAGACUUUAAUUAUGAGAAAAAAGAAAUUCUCUCUUAUUUCAUCAGAACAUUUGACCUUUUUACAGCCAGAGUAACUUAUUGCAAUUAAUACUUAACAUAAGUUAAGAAAAGAGUGUGAUGCAGAAACAUAGAAACUCUCCUCUGCAUUUGUGUGCUAUGGAUAAUAUUGUGUCUUUUUUAAAAUUUUUACCUUAAAUGUUAAAAAAAAAAAAUCUGUAUUGAGGUACAAAAAAAAAAAGAUUUUUUUUUUUGUGUACCCACUACAGCAGAGACUCAGGGUUUGAUCUUGGUAGCAGUGCCUCUAACUUAGUCGUUUAUUCCAGUGCUGGUGGGAAGCCAGUGAGGGUCGUCAUCCUUGAUGCUGCAUUAGUGAUUCCUACUGGUUGGCUUGGGCACUCGGCAGUGACUGUGGGACUCUGGGUGAAGGAAACAAUUAAUCUCCCAAACAAUAUGUCCCCUAGUUUAGAUUACACUAAAAGUCACUACUCAUCUUGCAUCUCAUUGUCUUCAUUAAAGGGAUCCGGCUGGUUUAAGUGUCAUCCAGGACCUGCGAAACCCUGGUCCACAUGUAGGUUACUUAAUGGCCUGAUUCAGAUCCGUUCACCGAGUGAAGACCAUCAAAUGCAGUUGAGAGCUGCAGGACCUGUGACCCAAACCUAUUUUGCUGCAUACACUGUUCCCAAAGGUCGAGAGUGAAAAAAGCAUGUACAGUUUAAAUUAUGAAUCAAAUGAAGACACAGCAGUUAUUAGAAGAAGCAGAUUGUUUUCCCAGAUUAAUAUAUAUAAAAAUUUCUUAUUGAUUUAAGAGGUUGGCACCAGUCUGUCUUUCUCUCACUUUGCCUUAGCACUGAAAAACUUGUCCAAAGUCAAGCGAGGGCCACAAAUGUGAACACAAGAUUAUAUGAAAGCUGGUUAAAGAUUGAGGUGUUAUGAAGAAAUGUAAAUGUGGUUAAAAAAAAAAAUUAUACCCAAAUGAAAGUAGGUGACUGUAUUUUGUAUUUGAUGCCUUUGUAUUAUUUGCCUUUUGUAUAAUAAAAUAUACAGAAAAUGACUUAGAGGUUUUUCUCAGUUCUGUUAAUGACAGAAUUGUGUGUUUCUCUCCAAGUUUACAUUACAAACACCUUUGGUUUGAUACAGCACUGUAACAAUGGCUGUCCUAUGCUAUACUGUGUUUAAAGAGACAGGUUUGAGUUCACACACUGUGAUGGAAGAAACAACCUUUCAGCACUGAAGACUUUUAAUCUUCAUUUCUUUGCGCUGUUCAAAUUUAUUUGAUUUUCUUGUAUUGCUAAUGUUUGACAGCACAUUAGGUGGUUAUUGUGGCUAAACAGUUCAACACAUAAAACAAAAAACCACCUUUUUCCAUUGACGUCUGUAUUUCCCCUGAACCUCCCUUGAUGAGUAGCUCAAGUGAAACCUCUACUGUACCAUAUGAAUCAGUAAUGCCACUAAAUACUGAAUGACGCAAGUGUCAGAAGUGGUGCUGAAUGAGCUGGGUGGUUGUUCUUGAGCAUUCUCUCACCUUCGACUGUAAGCAGAUGAGGUGUUUUGAUCUUUACUAUUUGACUUUGACUAAUUGUAAUUGCUCCAUCAAGAUUAUUAACACUUUUUUCUUCUGUCUCAGUUUAGUGCACUCUAAAUAUACCCUUCUUGUUACCUUGGAAACUAAAUGGCGCAAGUAACAUUUAACUGUGUCUAAAAUUAUAUGCUGUUUUAAUUUAAUAUGAAGUGAUGGCAUAUCGUGAGUUUGAACAUCCCUCCCUUUUGACAUCAGUGGAUGUCAGGUAAUGCAUAUUACCGUCCCUGCUGACGGAAUAUGUCAUGCCAUUUGGUCUUUUGAAUACUUUUCUAUUUUAUUGCCAUAAGAUGUUUACUGAAUCCCACUGUUUACCAUGUACCAGGAGGUGAACAUGGGAAAAAAAACAAAAAAAAAAACGUUACUCACGACUUCAUUUCCCACUGAGACGUCACAGUGUUUAUAUUAAUAUGAUAUAUUUAAGAAAUAUGGCAGAGA